CACCCGCCAAUCUCCCCACGGGCCCACGGCCGACACGCACGAUAAUAAACCGGGACGCUGCUCUCCGUCUACACCGCUGGCUGCCACUUGCGCAAGCUCAACUAGCAAUUGUGUCGACAUGAGCCAACAAAGAAAACAACAAUGUGAACGGGAAAAACGAAAAAAAAGGAAGCAUACUUGCGUGUGCGCGUUACCAUUGCUCGUGUGUAAUUUGCUGGUUAUUGCUUCUUCCCCAGUUUCAUUCCCACUCCAUCUCCACGUCAAUAUCGAUGCACCCCACAUACAAACCCCCCCUUCUCCCGCAAACAGGGAAAUAGAGAAAUUGGCAGAACCCAUCGAUCCGCCGUCCCCCCAAAUGCACGACAUUUUUUUGUUGUCCAACAGCUUUUCAGCACCUGCACAUACACGUACAAGCAUUCGUCUAAAUUGUCGUAACCUUGGAACGGGGUUUCGGCUAGUCAUGCCGGCUCCAGACUUCACAUGGAGACGAUAACCUCCAGAACUUAGCUCACCAUCAUAGUAAACACUCUGUGUACCCCCAUGCGCUGGUUCCAGACUAAAGCACCUUUCCAAAUGGCCAUUUUCAUCACCCCGUCCCCGUCGGUCGUCUAGGUGAAGUCGAAUCAAAACGCUGUUAAACGGGCAGUUCAAGGACACAAAUGCUCCGUUCCCGUUUUGCGUUUCGGGGUCGCUGGAGAUCCGGUUCUUGCUCUCCAUAACGCUGGCCAAGGUUGACGUGUCGACAUCCUGAUAUCCGU